UUAAUAUUAAAAUUCCUUCAGCAAUGAAUACUAGCAUCCAACCACUGUAUGUUAAGAGAAGUAGUGAAGUUAAGACUAUAUCGCAGUUGCACCUCACUUCAGUGAAACCAGCAAGGGUGAAUAGCAAUGCUGAGGUCUCCCCUCGUCUACAUUUAAAGAAUAUUAAAGUUAAAUGAAAUUCUGGAGAGAAUAUGGACGACCUCUUGAAUAAGAACAAAUUUGAUCAGCUUGAAACACUUGACACUUUUGAUUUAAGGACUAGGCUAAGCAGAGUGGAUAUUGAUAAGAACUACAGCUCUUUGAAGUACAUCCCGACUUCAACAAGAGAGGACUCUAUCUGUAAAGAUACUGAAGCUUCUUCAACUCUAAACAAUACGGUCCAUAACUUGUCCUCCAAUUUGCAAUUUCCUCUAAAAAGUUGCAUUAAACAAGACACCAAUAUGGACUCUACAAAAAGUGUAAAGUUUUUAAUUCAGGGACAAGCUGGCGAAGACAUGAUAGUGGAGAAAUCAGAAGUCUCAGAACAAAACUCUGAGUACGAUAGCUUUAUCCUGUAUGGCAUUUAAAAACUCUCUCCAAGGAUAGGCCUAGGUUUCAUACCUCUAACUAAAUUUUUCAAAAUGCUC